UCGACGAUCGACAGGGCCCGAACUGACACUGUCAAAACAUAAAACAUUUGAUGAUGUGUACUGCAAGACGACGAAAACGUAUUCCUGAGUUAGAUCGUGUUAUUUUCUGUCUUAAAGUUAUAAACUAGCUAGCUUUAAAAGACUCCUUCCUCAGGAAACAACCGCCUUUGUUUACCCUUUUUGUUUACUUUUUGGGUUUGUUUCGAAACGUAACUCCGACUCCCCAGUCCCCGUAACUAUGGCUGGACACAGCAAUCAAGAUGAUCCCGACCUAGCAAAUCUUCAAUCAAGCUUCGACGAGCAGCAGGCUAAAAUAAGUGCGCUGCGUGAAAUCAUUCGCCAGACGGAGGUAGUGAACGAUAUGAAGCAUGCGACGGCACAGGAGAAAGUGAAAAACAUCGCCCAGCGGCUAACACACUUCAAGACGAAGGUUACCACCGCCCGGCUAAACCGUGCGGGCAGCAACAGUGCCUCGACCCAGUCGCUGGCCCCCAUCGACCAGGGCGUCGCGCUGAAAGGUGCGGUGGCGGCCGGCGACGGGCGACCGGAUCCGCGCGGUCCACUAUACCCACGCGGCCGCUCCGAAUCGUCCGGGAUGGAAAAAUGUUCCCUGCUCCGGCAGCAGAUCGAACAGAACCGGCUGAAGAUGGCGGAGCGGGAAUCAUGUCAGCGGGAGAUUGAGGAGCGGGUGAACGAAAUCAAGCACAAGCUUGAAGCGACCCAGCAAACGCUGGGAAGGUCCGGCGGCGAGCUGGACCGGUCGAGCACCACGUGCCUGCCGGAGCUGGUGCCACCGUACGAGCUGUCCGAGAGCUUGCGGCGCUCGGUCAGCCACUCGUUUCUGGACCCUGGUCCGGCGCACGAGUCGUGGUCGACACCGGUCCAGCCGGUGCGCGACAGCAACGAACAGUUUAAUGAGGAGCUAACGAUAUUCGAGGACAGUGUACGGCAGGCAUGGACGAAGCGCAACAGCGACGAAAUGCUCGAACGGCACAUAGCGACGCUGGAGGACGAUUUGCACGCCAAGGAGCGCAUUAUUGACGAGCAGCUGCGUGCCCUAUCGCUGCUGGUGAAUGGACUGCUCGAGGAUGACAGUAAAACCGAUCUCGAGUUGGUAAAGGAGUUACACAACUUGCAGAUGAAACUACUUCAGCAAAGCUACAGCAUUUCUAACGAGGAAGCACUGGCCCGACUACUAGAAUUGUACGGGUACGAUCCACUAGAGAAAGCCAUUGAGCGAAAAUACACCCGUCCAGAUCCUGCCCCACCAGCACGGUUCGAGCUGCAGGCCGAAACGGACGAGGCAAAGGCAGCGCAACGCGAUGCAGCGGAAAAAAUCAUCUCGCUCGAGCAAACGCUCACCUCGCAAGAUUUAGAAAUGGAGCGCAUGAACCAGCAAAUGGCGGAACUGCGCCAAUCGCUGGAGGAAAAAACGAUCGAGCUGAACGUGAUGACGGCGAACGUUUCGGUGCUGCAGGAGAAGCUUAAAACGAGCGGACCCAAACCCUUGUUUCCCCGGUCAGCCGACGAGGAGCUCGAAACGGAAACGAUCAAGCUCAAGCAGCAGCUGGACGAGUCGAACAAAAACAUGAUAAAGUGCAAGCUAAAGAUUAAGCAGCUACAGAAACAGGUAGACACACUGAAGCAAACCUCCAACGUGCACGAAGAGCUUGCGAAGCUGACCGAAGAAAAUACCGUCCUAGCGCAGCGGCUUGCGGAGGUAGAGGAUCGGCAGAUCGGCGAGGGUACGUACGACCGUACCAGCGCCGCCACCACCACCACCAAGCAGACCGGUCCGGAGCUGCAGAAGCGUAUCGAAAUGUUGGAACUGACCUGUCAGCAUCAGGCCACCGCUAUGCAGCUGCUCGAGGAGCAAAAGAACGAUCUGAACGAGGAUCUGAACCGUACCAGGCAUCAGCUGGAAUCGCUUGCCGACCACCAUGGCCCGGUGGCGAACGUAACGGAAGGUGACGGUAACGGGGACAGUGGACGGAUCGCCAGCCAAAUGUUGUCGAUCGAGCUGGAGGAAAAGCUGGAAAAAUGUAUCGCUGACAAGAGCGAGCUGACCAAGGUACUGCACAGCUGGGAGGCGGAAAAGGCGGAGCUGCACCAGAAGCUGAACCAGUACGCUGCGGAAAAUGCGGAACUGUUGGGCCGGAUCGAUAAGCUUAGCCUCGAGAAGGUGAGCUCGGCUGAAUCGAUUGAAAUAUUGGAAAAUUUAACGCAACGCGAAAAGCAAGAGAUGGAAAAUUCGGAAAAACGUGUAAAGGCGGAGGAAAGUGGUGGUGGUGGUGGUGGUGGUGGUGGUAAUAGUGAAGAAGCAUCGGAGACUACCGACGACAUUGUGCAGAGUGUGCUCGGUGGUAAGGAAGACCUGAACGAAAGCUUGCUGAAGCUGAUGGAGGAAAGCAAGGAGCUGAUGGACAAGGUGGAACUGUUCACGGACGAGCGGCGCGAAGUGUUGGAGAAGCUGGACGCGAUUUCGAUCGAAAAUCAGGCAUACCUGAGCGAGCUCGACAAGCUGAAGGAGGCGAACGAGCAGCUGCGUACGUACAGUGGGGAGCUGGCAACGGCCAAGUCCGAUCUGGAGGAUAAGCUGCGUAUUAUGAACGAAGAGAAAGAAACCAUCCGCCAGGAGCUGGACACGGUGAAGGUGCGCCGGACGGAAGGUGACGAGUGUGGCAGUGCUGCCAGCCUGCCGAUCGCAGACGUACCGUUCGAUAAGGAAAUCUACCAACAGACACUGCUGGCAGUGGAAACAGACAUUGCCAACUACAACAAAAACAAGGACAAGCAGAAAAAGAUGCAACUGGCCAAAAAGCUUACAGUGAGCGCGAAAAGUGUGGUAACGAUGAGCAGACAGUUGUUGGACGGGUACAACCGGUAUGUGGAGGAGCGUACGGACGAUAGGGACCGAAGCGACCUUAGUACGCUGGAAGCGAAGCUCCAGGAAACGGUGAAAUGUCUUGAAAGUAAAGCCUCCGAGACGGAACUGCUGCAGCAAGAGAUUGCUCUGCUAAAGCACGAGCUGGAGGUGGCGUGCGAGAAGAGUUCGGACGAUGAGCCGGAACUGCUCAAGGUUGAGCUGAACAGCAAGAACGAUGAGAUACUGCAGCUGAAGAAGGAUAUUGAUGCGCUGGUCGAUGCAAAAACUGCCGAGCUGUUGCUGCUACAGCGCCGCCUGCAGGAGGCCCAUCAGGAGAACCUGCGGUUGAAAGUCGUAUUCGUUCAAGAGUUCGAGCAGCUAGAGAUGGAAAAGAGAAGCGUUCUCAACGAUGCGGAAAACAUGAGCGAAGAUAGGGACGAGGCGCUCGGCACGAUCGGCACACUGAAUGCGAAGAUCAUGGAACUGAACCGAACGGUGGAACAGCACCAGACGGAGGUGGGUGACCUACGCACGCAGAAGGAACAGGUGGAGCAAAAGAACGAAGAGCUGCUGGAAAAGUUGAAGAAGUUUGCCGCGAAUUUGAAAAGGAAAAACGUCCAGUGCGCAGAGCUGGAACGGACUGUGGAAGGGUUAAAGGAAUCGAACAGAAAAAUGCAACAGGAUCUAGAAACUCGGUUAGCGGAGCUCGACUCCACUCCUCCUGCCAGCGAGGAGAGCCGGCUGCGGGAAGAAAAUGAGCAAAUGACCCAAAAAUUGUACCAUCUCAACAAUGAGCUACACCGUUUGCUGGAGCAAAAGUAUCACAUGGAAUCGGAAGGCGACAGCAAUCGCGAGGAGUUGCAAAGGUGUCACGAGCAGCUCGCCGCGGUAAGGGCAGAGCUGCAGUGCCAAGUCGACGCCCUGCAGUCGGUCGAGUCGGAGCUGCAAACGUGCAGGGACGAGAUGCAGACGCUGCGUGCGGAUGUUGCUAGCAAGAAUGGCAAGAUAGAAAAGUGCAAAGCAAUCAUAAAGGAAAAGAUUAAGGAAGCGCAGCGCCUGCAGGAACGGGAACGGCGGGCCGCCUACCUGGAGGACGAGCUACGGAUGACCCAGAGCAAGCUGGAAGACUUCCACAACCAAACGUUGCUGUUGGGCCGGUUGAAGAGUGAAAAGGAGGAGCUUAAUGCAACCGUGCGGGCGGAACACGAACAGCGCAAGGUGCUGGAGGAACAGUUGGCGAUAGCGAAAGACCGUGACGCGGCGGUAGGGGAGCAGCUGAAGCAUGCCGAGCAAUGGGUACGGCGGUACUGUGAGAGGUGGCGUAAGCUGCAGGACCAAACCAUCUCACGAAAGAGGGUAGAAGAAGAACUGUCGACCGACCCACCGACCUCGCACGUGUUCGGUUGGCUGACGUCACUAGCGGAAACGGAUCAGUAUAUUGUUCAGCUGCUUAUACGUCAGAUGGAAACGGUCAAUACGCUCGAGAGUUGUCUGCAGAACGCGGAACAGCACAACACGUCUGCGGACAGUAAAGUGGAGCAUCUUCAGCAUCAGCUCGAAACAAUCACUACCGAGCUUAGCAAGUAUUCGGAGCUUUGUGCGCAAAAGGACAUCCAAAUUGAGGAGCUAAAACAGGUGCUGGACACAAGUCAGAAGGACCUGCAGAAGAUAGCGGCUGAAAACGAGCAGCGUUUGCAAUCGCAGCGGACGGAGCUAACCGAUGCCUUGGCGGAAAUCGAGCGUCUUAAGGUGGAGCUUGACGAUGGUCGUGGAAUGGUCGAAAUUCUCCUACAGACAGCGUCGGAAAGGGAACACACAAUCGAGACGCUCCAGCAACAGCUUUCCAUGCUGCAGGACCAACUGCAGCAGGCGAUGUCGAGCCAGGAGCUACUGCAAGGUACGCAGAAGUCAGAGCUGACAGAACUUCGCAGCCUGGUUGAAAAGGCAAACCAAGAACGGUCCACAAUAGAGCAGCGUUUAAGUGAAGCAGACCAAGCCAACUCCGAAUUGCGCGAACAGAUUGCCACCUCCAAAGCCGAUGCGAUUGCGCUGAGUCGUGAGCUUGCUGCGGAGAAGCAGAAUAUUGCCAACCUCACCACAUCAAAUCAAACGCUUCAGUCGGAUAUCGUGGCGCUGCAGGAAUCGUUGUCUACGGUGGGCGAAGGCAAACGAAGGCUUGAAGUACAGUUGGCGGACUACGAAGCCGUACGGGUAGAGUUGAUGCAGGAAAAGCAACAGAAGGAACAGUUGAACGAGCUGCUAAAGCAGCGUGAUCAGGAAGUUCAGCAACUGCGCGAACUUCAGGACGACGCCGGCAAACAGCGGUCGAUGGAGCUGGACCAGUUGCGGCAACAGUUGCAGGAGGCAGAGCAGGUGCGAGCUGGCUGGGAGACAUCGCUGAAUCAGUACCGUACCCAGAACGAGGAGCAAACGCACGAACUUGCGACCGUUCGCGACAAGCUGGCCACACUCGAGCGGCAAGUGCAGGAAGAUCAGACCAACAUCUCCAUCCUCACGUCACUGAACGGUGCGCUGAACGAGGAUUUAGAUCUGUUGCAGCAGCAAACCGGCGAAACCGAGCAACGCUACCGAUCGCUGUUGGACGAGCUGAGCCAGACCAAGCGCGCGUUGGAAGCGGCGGAACUCCAGCAACGAACCUUGCAACAGCAAACGGCCGAUGCGGACCAGCGGUACCGCACGCUGCAGGACGAGUACGAGCAGCAGAAGUUGGCGCUAGAGUCGGCUGAAAUGAGUGCACUGCGGGAAAGCACCGAAAAGCAGCAACUCGUCGGUACGCUGCAAACCAACCAGCAAGAACGCGACAAACUCCAGCAAGACUGCGAACAGUUGCAGCGCCAACUUGCCGAAACAAGGUCGGCUGCGUCGGUGACGGAGCCGGCGACAGUGGCGCUGGUGGUGACGGAGCAAUCCGACCCGAAACCUAAACCGGACUACGAUCUGGGCAUGUGGGACGAUGCGGAUGCGGGCUGGGGUACGGCUGAAACGGCACGGCUGGAGGAGCUGGUUCGCGAAAAGGACGAACUGAUCCAGCAGCUUGGUGCGGAGAAGGAGAUGAUGCAGCAGGAAAUUACCGACCUGAAGGUGAAGUCGGGCAAGCUGCUGCGCAAGGUGAAGGAGUGCAGGGUGAAGCUGGACGCGGCACAGCGCUCCGAGCCGGACGGUUCGGGGCCGGUGCAGGACACACUCGAGCCGAGGGUGCGAGAGCUCGAGCGUGAGAAGGCGGCACUGGAGCAGAAGCUCGACAUGCUCGAGUCGGCGUGCGAAAAGCUCACGGAGGUGAAGGAGUUCCAGCACAGACAGAUCGAUCUGUUGCGCGAAUCGGCCACCGCUUCCAGCGAGACGGAUGAGCUGCGGCUGAAGGUGCAGCAGGUGACGGCCACCUUGCAGACGCGCGAGUCCGAGAUCGAACAUCUGAAGGCACGGCUCGAGCAAGUUACGGGCGAGGCGGAGCGUGUGGAGGUACUGCGGGCAGAGUUGAGCGAAGUGCAGCGCCACAAUGCGCAACUACAAUCGACCGACGGUGCUGCGAGGGAUGCCGGAGUUCCGGCCAAUUCGCUGGAACUUCAGCUAGCGGAUCUAGAGCACCGGAAUCGGUUGCUCGAGGAAGAACGGUCUGAGCUGAACCGGGAGCUCGACAUACUAAACCAGCAGAUUCUGCACGACCUGCAGUUUGAGGAUCGCUUAAACAAGGCACUGCUCGAGCUGGAUGCAAAGGGUGUGGAGAUACAGAUGUUACGUUCGACACUGGAGCAACUGCAGCAAGCAACACGUCCGGUGGAAGGAGCCCACGCUGAGGCGUCCCACGAAGGCUCUCCCGAUCAGAUCGCUUCACUGCAGGCACGCAUCCGGGAGCUGGAACAGGAACGCGACGAACUGUUGCAACGGGUGUCGGCGGGUGUGGGUGAAGGUAGUGCCUCCCUCACCACGCAGCCUCCGCCACCACUUGCCCGCGUAGAUGAUGCCACCGUGCAGGAGGUGCUCGAACGGCAGGAGCUGGAAAUUGUGACGCUCAAGGAGCAGCUCGCGUUGCGCAGCGCGGAGUACGCACGGCUGGCGGCACGUGUCGAUCCAACGAAGCUGUUCGCAUCGGGGCUGAGCGGCAGCGAGACCAUUCCAAAGCCGGAACAACCACCGGCCGGCGAUCGGGUGCCGCAGGCCGAACUGGAGCUCGCCCUGUACAUGAUCUACCAGCGGGAUAUGCGGUGCGACGAGCUGGAGCUGGAGCUGCGCAACUUGCUGCAGGAGCGCGACACACUGCAGCUACGGCUGUCGAACGCGUUGCGGAUGCACGAGGAGUUUAAGAUGCGUUUCGCUAGUUCCACUCCCGGAGAACACGAGUAUGGCACCUCGGGAGAGUGUUCGAUCGAUGCGUCACCCGACCGUUCGCUCACCGGCGUACCGGCAGACGAGCGGCCCGUUUCGAGCCUGUCCGGCCCACAGGAUCUUACCUCCAAGCUGUCCGAACUGCAAUCGAUCAGCUACUCGAAGGAAAAGCGUUGGCAGGAGGAGCGUGAGGAGCGCAACCGGCAGCUAACGCUGAUACAGCGCGAUCUCGCCAAUAUGCCGGUGGAGGCGGCCGCCAAAAUAGCCGGUACAGACGUGAUGGCCGACACGGAAGCAGCGACGCAGCAGAGCGCCUCAACUGUGCUGCUAAACUGGAUACUGGGAAAGAAGUAGUCGACACCGACCCAUCCUAUCACACUACCGUGUCUGUAAUGUAAAGUUGUUUUACUUGUAUUAUUAUAUUUUGUUUGUUUUUGUUUUUUGCUCCCCAAACCUAUAUUAUAAUAGCAUCGCAGUCACACUGCCGUCGGCUCGGAUAUGCAGCAGCCAGAUUAGGUUACAGCACCUGGCACGUUUCCUUCCAUGUUUGACGGGGCACCGGUUCGGAAGCCCCCGUGUCCGUGGAGUGUGUUCUCGCGAUAGGUUUUGCUAUGUUACGAGUGGUGAAAUAUGUUUGUAAGUAUAGAUGUGUGUGUGAGUGCCAUAUUACACACUCACAGCGCUAGUAAAAUAUUGAAAACACAAAAAGGCGAUGUAUAAUAAACUACUGUUUUUUGGCGAAGUUGUUGCAAUACGGAUCGAAACCAA